UCGCGAUCGGUUCACGAAUCCUCCUCCCCUUCGGCACGGCACGGCGCGGCGCGAGCCGCGUAGCUUCCCCGGCCCGCACCCGCGUCUCCGCCCACCCCCCACGUCGUCCGUCCGUCCGUCCCACCCACCUAUCCCGCGCCGUGCCGGCCGGCCGGCCAACCGAAACCACGCCGAUCUUUAUUCCGGGCUCCGUCCCCAGCGCCAACAGCUAGCCUAGCUAAUCCCUCGCCGGCUCGGUGUCCCGGUCAAACCCGCCCCGCCCCCACCGACGGGGCCGAUCCAACGGCGGCCGCUCGCCCAGACGGCACCCCCCAUGCAUCCGCUCCGCUCCUCCACGUGCCGCGCCGCGUUCGUCACGGCCCACGGGCCGGCACUCCUCCCCUCGCCGCCCGCCGCUCGCCCCCUCCGCUUCCUUCUUUUAUUCCCCACCCCGGCCUCCUCUCCUCGCCUCGCCCGCCGCCCCACAUCUAUCCACCCGUCCGUCCGUCCGUCCGUCCGUCUCGACGCGCAGGCGAGAGAGGGAGAGAGAAAGAGGGCUAGGUCGUCGUCGUGAGGCGUAGAGAUCUGGGAGGAGGGGGAGGAGCGAUGGACGGAAAGCUGCCGCCGCCGAACCCGAACCUGCCGUACCGGGAGGACUGCUGGAGCGAGGGCGAGACGGCGGCGCUCGUCGACGCAUGGGGCUCGCGCUAUCUCGACCUCAACCGCGGCAGCCUCCGCCAGCCGCAGUGGCGGGAGGUCGCCGACGCCGUCAACUCCCGCCCGGGGGCCUCCGCGCGCCGCCGCCCGCCGCGCACCGACAUCCAGUGCAAGAACCGCGUCGACACGCUCAAGAAGAAGUACAAGGCCGAGCGCGCGCGCGGCGGACCGUCGCCGUGGGCCUUCUACGGUCAGCUCGACCUCCUCGUCGGGCCCACGCUCGCCGGCGGCGGCAACGGCGCAAAGAAGCCGUCCCCGCCGCGCGCCGCGAUGCCUAUCUUCAGGAGGCGCAAGUCGCCGUCGCGCUCCCCGUCGCCGCAAUCGCCACCUCCGCUUCCCAUGGCACUGCCCCUGCCCAAUUACCGCCGUGGCUCCGAUCUCCCCUCCGCGAACCUCAUCCACAAGGCGGCCGCGGCCGCCGCCGCUGCUGCCACGGAGUCCGACUCAGAAGAUGGCUACAACAACAACAACGACUACGAUGAUGAUGACGGCUCUCAGCAGUCACCGUCGCGCUCUGUAUCUUCUCGCUCCGGUGGUGCUGCCGCUGCCGCUCCUGCUGUUGGCAGCAAGAGGAAGAUGAGCAGCGGGAGUGGUGGGUUCGGGGAGCUAGCAAGGGCAAUUGAGACGUUUGCGGAGAUGUACGAGCGCAUGGAGGCCGCGAAGCAGAGGCACGCCGAGGAGAUGGAGAGGCAGCGGAUCAAGUUCCUCAAGGAUCUGGAGCUGAAGCGGAUGCAAACUUUUGUGGACAUGCAGCUGCAGCUUGCGAGGGCAAAGCACGCCAGGAAAGGUGAUGCUUCAUCGGAGAUGCUCAUGUCUUUAGCCGCACUGCCUUUCCUCAGCAGCCCUGCUUACCUCUGAAUUGAAGAAGAGUUAGAUUGUUAGGAGACAAGCUAACGCAAUGAUAUUGCCAUCGAUGAAGAUCCACUAGGUUCACUGGUAGCAGUUUGGUGUAUAGACGGCCUGAAGUUGGUAGUGGAAACAGAGUGAACUUGCUGAUGAUGGCGCGAUAUCUGUUCUCGCCAUUCAAUUCCCAAGUGUGGACGACGUAUCUGAUCCCUCUUUCCCUUGCCUGUCACAGUUUUGAGUUGCUGAGCACGGAGUCAUGUAAACUAGAGCCCUUUAUCUUUAGUUUUCUUUUGGCAGUUCUCAUGAGUUCUGUAACCAAAGUUCAAAUGAAACAGUUCAAUUCUAAAUUUACCCGCAAAAAUUCCAAAUUUA